CGGGCGCACGAGCGUCUCUCCGAGGAGCGCGCGCCUGUAGUCGGAGGCGGUUGACGCUUGAGGGUCGGUGAAGGAGACUCGAGGCAAUUAUUUCCAGUCAGAAGGAAACCAGGGCCUGACAUUCUCACCAUCUUUCUACCUGCCAUGAUCAAGUGCUUGUCAGCUGAAGUACAAGCCAAGUUGCGUUCUGGUUUGGCCAUAUGUUCCUUAGGUCAAUGUAUUGAGGAACUUACCCUCAAUAGUAUUGAUGCUGAAGCAAAAUGUGUGGCUGUCAGGGUGAAUAUGGAAACCUUCCAAGUUCAAGUGAUCGACAAUGGAUUUGGGAUGGGGGGUGAUGAUUUAGACAAGGUGGGAAAUCGUUAUUUCACUAGUAAGUGCAAUUCAGUACAGGACUUGGAGAACCCAAGGUUUUAUGGUUUCCGAGGGGAGGCAUUGGCAAGUAUAGCUAACAUGGCCAGUGCUGUGGAAAUUUCAUCCAAGAAAAACAGGACAAUGAAAACUUUUGUGAAACUGUUUCAGAAUGGAAAAGCCCUGAAUGCUUGCGAGGCUGAUUUGACUAGACCAAGUCCAGGAACAACAGUAACAGUAUAUAACCUGUUUUACCGGUUACCUGUAAGGAGGAAAUGCAUGGAUCCUAGACUGGAAUUUGAGACCAUUAGGCAGAGAAUAGAAGCUCUCUCACUCAUGCACCCUUCCAUUUCUUUCUCUUUGAGAAAUGAUGUUUCUGGUUCCAUGGUUCUUCAGCUCACUAAAACCAAAGACAUAUGUUCCCGAUUUUGUCAAAUUUAUGGAUUGGGAAAGUCCCAAAAGUUAAGAGAAAUACAAUUUAAAUAUAAAGAGUUCGAGCUUAGUGGCUAUAUCAGCUCUGAGGCACACUAUAAUAAGAAUAUGCAGUUUUUGUUUGUGAACAGAAGAUUAGUUUUAAGGACAAAGUUGCAUAAACUCAUUGACUUUUUAUUAAGAAAAGAAAGUAGUAUAUGCAAACCAAAGAAUGGCUCUGCCAGUAGGCAAAUGAAUUCAAGUCCUCGGCAUCGGUCUACCCUAGAACUCCAUGGAAUAUAUGUAAUCAACGUGCAGUGCCAGUUCUGUGAGUAUGAUGUGUGCAUGGAGCCAGCAAAAACUCUGAUUGAGUUUCAGAACUGGGAUACUCUGUUGGUUUGUAUUCAGGAAGGAAUGAAAAUGUUUUUAAAGAAAGAAAAACUAUUUGUAGAAUUAUCAGGUGAGGAUAUUAAGGAAUUUAGUGAAGAUAAUGAUUUUAGUUUAUUUGGUGCUACUCUUCAGAAGCAUGUGUUCUCUCAUGAGAAGAGUGACCAGGGCAGUUUCAAAGAAGCAUGUAAUAAUAUUUUGAAUUCCUAUGAAAUGUUUAAUUUACAAUCAAAAGCUGUGAAAAGAAAAGCUACUAUAGAAAAUGUAAACACACAGAAUUCUAGGGAAUCAGAAGCUAUCAGAAAAAAGACAAAUGACUCAUUUUUAUACCAUUAUGAUGACCCAGGCCAUAGUAAGAUGACAGAGUCAUCUCUACACAAUAAAAACAACUCUUGCUUAGAAUCAAGAAUGUUGGAGCAAGGGACAAUUGAAGCAUCAGAAUCAGAAGAAAAUGAGAAACAUAAAAAGUCUUGCUUAGAAUCCAAUGCUUUAGAAAGUUCUUCUGCAACCAGUCCAAAAAUGUUUUCAAACCCUUUUCAGACACAUCACUUUGAAAAGAGUAGGACAGACCUACAAAUACAGAAAGUAAGUACUACUGUUAAUAGCACAGCUACCAACAAGCUGAAAAAUAAUCGAAUUCAGAAUCAACUAGAGAAAUUUAAAGAUGCUACUGAAAUGGGAUGCCAACUUCUUCCUUUUGAGACAUUGAGAGUACAUGGUGCUCAGAGAAAGAAAGAGAGGAAAAGAGAGCCCAGUAGUUGUGGAAGAAUAAAUGUUUUUAGUUAUGGACAAGUUAAGUUAUGUUCCACUGGUUUUAUAACUCAUGUGGUACAAAAUGAGCAAACUAAAUCAACUGAAGCAGAACAUUCAUUUAAACAUUAUGUUCAACCUGGCCCUGCAAGUACCCAAGAAACAUUUGGAAAUAGAACACAUCAUUCAGUUGAGACUCCACGCAGCAAAGACUUAACUGGCACUUUAAAUAAAGAAUCUGCUCAACUGCCCAACAAAAAUUUUUGCAGAACAAAUAGAAGUUAUGAGCUAGAGAACAAAUCAAUAGCAACUGAUGAAAACUUUGCUCUUUUUCAGGAAGGUGGUAAAGAAUCUCACACAGGUUGCUUAUUACCUGAUGUAUCCUCUUUCCCUUGGUAUAGACAUGUUGCAAAUGGUAAUAAGAAAACAGAUAAGUUGGUUGGUUCCUCCAAACCCAUAGUCCGUAAGAAGAUAAGCUUGUCUUCACAACUAGGAUCUUUAGAGAAAUUUAAGAGGCAAUAUGGGAAGGUUAAAAAUAAUUUGGAUGUAGAAGUAGAGGAAAAGAACAUGGAAGUCAGUACCAGUCUCAGUCCUCAGGUUGAACCGGACAUUUCACUCAAAGAUAAGAACCAUGUAGACAAAUUUGAUGAUUAUAAAAUCACCGCUAUGAAGCAUAGUGAUUCAAAUGGUGGUUGCCAACCAGUAGGUCACAUCCUGUACUCAGAGAAGUUUACAUUCUCUAUGGAAGAUCACUUGGAACAGCAAAUGCCCUGUUUGAGAGAAAGUCCUAUAACUUUAACAGAAUUAUUGAACUGUAACAGAAACCCUUCAGAUGUUGAGAACUCACCUGAAUCACUAGCCUCUAAAUUAUCCAGAAUGAAGGGUUCUGGGGAAACGACUCAAGCAAUGGAGGAGACAAGUCAUUUUAGUGAGCUUCCAAAUUCAGAUUCCAGUAGGAAAGACAGUGACUUGUGCAGUGGGUUAACCCUAGAAAAAACUGAGAGUGCCAUCCUCCCAAUGUCAGGUUCCACCACACAGGAUCAUUCCUUCAAUAAAGGUAGUAAAAUAUAUUUUAACAAUACAGUGGAGAACAAUGUGAUACCAGAAACGGUAUCACCCUGUAAUGAUUCCAAAAUUAUUAGUAAAGAUUCUGAUGUUCUUAUCAGAGCUUCAGAGCAACAGAUGGGAAGUCCUCAUUCUCCCAGUAGAAUGAUAAUGAGUCAUGUAGAAGAUACCACAGCUGAGCAAAAUGGAAUUUGUUUCCAUAGCGAGGAAUCUAAAGCAAGAGCUUGUUGGGAAAAUGAAGAAUCAAAUACAUGUUCUUUGGAUUGGCAGCAGCAUUUUGAUGUAGCCCUGGGCAAAAUGGUUUACAUCAACAAAACAACUGGACUUAGCACAUUUGUUGCUCCAACCAUGGAUGUUCAGACUGCUUGUAUUCAAGACCUGACAACUGUGGCUGUGGAUGUCCUACUUGGGAAUGGGUCUCAGUACAGAUGUCAUCCUUUUAGAAGUGACCUUAUUCUUCCUUUCCUUCCAAGACCUCAGGAAAAGAGGACUGUGCUGAGACAGAGUAACAGAGAUGCUGUUGGUAGUGAAUCACUUCAGUCUUUGUUUUCAGAAUGGGACAAUCCAGUAUUUGCCCGUUACCCAGAGGUUGCUGUUGAUGUAAGCAGUGGCCAGGCUGAGAGCUUAGCUGUUAAAAUUCACAACAUCUUGUAUCCCUAUCGUUUCACCAAAGAAAUGAUUCAUUCAGUGCAGGUUCUCCAGCAAGUGGAUAACAAGUUUAUUGCCUGUUUAAUGAGCACUAAGAUGGAAGAGAAUGGCAGAGCAGGUGGAAACCUGCUAAUCUUGGUGGAUCAGCAUGCUGCCCAUGAGCGUGUCCGUUUAGAGCAGCUCAUUACUGACUCUUAUGAGAAGCAACAACCACAAGGCUCUGGUCGAAAAAAAUUACUGUCUUCCACCAUUAUUCCCCCACUAGAGGUAACAGUGACGGUGGAACAAAGGAGACUCUUACGGUGUUACCACAAAAAUCUAGAAGAUCUGGGCCUUGGAUUUAUCUUUCCAGACACUAGUAAUUCUCUGGUCCUUGUGGGGAAAGUACCGCUCUGUUUUGUAGAAAGAGAAGCCAAUGAACUUCGAAGAGGAAGAUCUACUGUGACCAAGAGUAUUGUGGAGGAAUUUAUUCGAGAACAAGUAGAGCUGCUCCAAACCACAGGAGGCAUCCAAGGGACACUGCCAUUGACUGUCCAAAAGGUGCUGGCCUCCCAAGCCUGCCAUGGGGCCAUUAAGUUUAAUGAUGACCUGAGCCUAGAGGAGAGUUCUCGCCUUAUAGAAGCUCUGUCCUGGUGCCAGCUGCCCUUCCAGUGUGCUCAUGGGAGACCUUCCAUGCUGCCAUUAGCUGAUCUGGACCACUUGGACCAGGAAAAACAGAUAAAACCCAAUCUUGCUAAACUUCGCAAAAUGGCCCAGGCAUGGCGUCUCUUUGGAAAAGCAGAAGGCUGUGAUACGAGGCAGAGCCUGCAGCAAUCCAUGCCUCCCUGUGAGCCGCCAUAAGAACAGACUUACUGAUCUGUACGCAACCAAAGGGAUUGACUGUGUGCUUCUGAGCAGAGAGCAUGAGUGGCACACAGCAGCACAGCCGAGUCAGCACUGUGCACCAUGUGCUGCUUCUCAUGUCUUUUCUUCGGCAGAUGGUCUCUUUGGCUGAGUAGCCACCUGGAAUUCAAGCCAUAGUUCAUUUAUCUGCAUCCAUGGACACAGGAGGUUCUGGUAAUAAUAUCCACUUUUGUAACUUACCUAAUGAUAAAUAUCAUGAUUGGUUGGUAGGUUGGCUUAUGUUUGAAGAGUGUGGUUUUCAUUUUUGUGCAAUUUUUUUACAGCCUCCCAAUUUGCCUUAUGUGGUAGGCUGGUGGUU